UUAGUGGCGCUGCAUGAACAUGGCGGAGGCUCGUGAGAAGGUGAGCGCUCGAGCUCGUGCCCAGGUGAGCCGUGAGGAGAGACGCGCCCCUCCCCCCUCCUCCUCCUCCUCCCAGGAGCGCGCGCACCGUGCGCCUUUCUUCUUCCGGUUGGUGAGCGCGGCGCUGUACGGCUUCAGCUCCUUCCUCACUGUGGUGCUCAACAAAAGCGUCCUGAGCGGCUCCAGAUUUCCAUCGUCGUUAUGUGUGGGGAUCGGACAGAUGUUGGCAACUGUGUGUGUGUUGUGGGCAGGGAAAACCCUGAGAUUCAUCCACUUUCCAGACAUGGACAGAAACAUUCCACGCAAGACGUUCCCUCUCCCCCUCCUGUAUGCAGGUAAUCAGCUCACUGGCCUCCUGGGAACUAAACAAGUCAAUUUGCCAAUGUUCACUGUGCUCAGGAGAUUCUCCAUCUUAUUCACCAUGCUAGCAGAGAGCUACCUGCUCAGGAGGGCGUUUGCGUGGAGCGUACAGCUGACGGUGUUCACUAUGAUCUUUGGAGCGUUUAUCGCUGCCAGUACAGAUUUGUCCUUUGACCUCCAAGGCUACACAUCUAUCACAGUCAAUAACAUAUUAACUGCAGCUAACGGCGCUUACAUGAAGAAGAAACUCGACUCCAAGGAGCUGGGACAGUACGGCCUGCUGUAUUAUAACGCUUUAUUCAUGAUCAUACCCACUGUGUGUGUAGCCUACUACACUGGAGACCUGCAACAAGCUGCAGGUUUUGAUGGCUGGACUGAUUUAUACUUUCUCACUCAGUUUAUUCUCUCCUGUGUGAUGGGGUUUGUCCUCAUGUACUCCAUUGUGUUGUGCACACACUACAACUCCGCCCUGACCACCUCCAUCAUCGGCUGUGUGAAGAACGUCAUGGUAGCGUAUGUCGGGAUGGUGUUUGGUGGUGAUUACAUCUUCACCUGGUUGAACUUCAUCGGCUUGAACAUAAGCAUCGCCGGGAGCCUGGCCUACUCCUACAUCACCUUCACUCAGGAGGGCACCAAGAGCUCCUGAUGAAGAGGAUGGAUGAGCCUGGGAGGAGUGUGUUCAUGUUUUAUACAUUAAUUAUGUAAAAACUAAUUUUAAAAAGGAUGUAAAAUGGAUGAAGAUGCUGAUUGUCAGAUUGUUUUCAGUAAUAAUGCAGUGAAGGGCGUCGCCUCGACUGAUCUGAGAUCUGUACUAAUGGGCGUGGCCUGUAUUCUAAUGAGUAGUUUGAUUGACAACUCUUUGUCUGAGACUCCACCUGUGAUACCAGAGUGUGUGUGUAACUAUCGAGUGUUGCCCAGAAGAGGAUGGGUUCCUCUCUCGGUUUCUUCCUGGUGCGUGACGGCGGCUAUUGAUAAAAGUGCUGUAUCAAUAAAAGUAAACUGAAAUUGAA